UCUUUCCCGGUCCUGCCCUCGUGCGUCCGCCCGCCGCUCCUCAGCGACAGUCUUCUCCCUUAGGCACCGUGGAGCACGUCCUGGCGUUGCCGCUGGCCCGUGUGCUUCACGAGCUCGGGGCCGGACGCAGCCGAGCGGGGCAGCCGAUCAGGCCGGGAGUGGGUGCCGAGCUGCUGGUCGACGUGGGUCAGUGGCUGCACCGCGGUACACCCUGGCUCCGCGUACACCUGGACGGCCCCGCGCUCAGCGGCCAGCAGCGCCGCGCUCUACAGGGGGCGCUCGUGCUGUCGGACCGCGCACCCUUCAAGGCCGCUUCGCCCUUCGCUGAACUAGUCCUCCCCCCGACCAUCGCACAGCCCUAAAUCCGACCCCACCGUAGGCAGAGGCUUCAGGUCCAUGGUGCUACUGGCUCUAGGGCCCAAAGCUUGGCCCAGGCUCUCUCCGUUCAAACCUCGAGUCCUUCUCCGGAUCCCAGGAAGUGAAACUCUGUAUGUAAAGUCCCGACACUUGUCAGGGCAGGGCCAGCCCCAAGGCCCUGGCCUAAGAACUAGGCUGCUGAUCACUGCCCUGUUUGGGGCUGGACUGGGCUGGGCCUGGCUGACAGCAAGAGCUGAGAAGGAGCAGUGGCGCCAACAGCAGCGGACCGAGGCCCUGCGCCAGGCUGCUGUGGGUCAGGGUGACUUCAGCCUACUGGACCACCACGGCCAGCCUCGAUGCAAAGCUGACUUCCGAGGCCAGUGGGUCCUGAUGUACUUUGGCUUCACUCACUGCCCUGACAUCUGCCCCGAUGAGCUGGAGAAGCUGGUGAAGGUGGUACAGAAGCUAGAGGCAGAGCCUGAUCUGCCUCUGGUACAACCCGUCUUCAUCUCUGUGGACCCCGAGCGGGAUGACGUAGCAGCCAUGGCCCGGUAUGUGCAGGACUUCCACCCAAGGCUGCUGGGUCUGACUGGUUCUAAAGAACAGGUGGCCCAGGCUAGCCGCAACUACCGUGUGUACUACAGCGCUGGUCCCAAGGACGAGGACCAGGACUAUAUUGUGGACCACUCCAUUGCCAUCUACUUGCUCAACCCAGAUGGUCUCUUCACAGACUACUAUGGGCGGAGCAGGUCAGCAGAGCAGAUUGUAGAGAGUGUACGUCGGCACAUAGCUGCCUUCCGUAGCAUCCUGCCCUGAACUAUGCUACCUAAGCCCUGUCAAUAAAUGAAUGUACUUAAUCUG